UUUAAUGGAACUUUCAGGUAAAUUUUUUGAGAAGAGAAGGAGUGAUGAGGGGGUUUAGAGGGAGAAUUAAGAGUUUAUAGACGAAUCUAAGAUAGUGAAUGAGAUUAAGAAGAUGACAGAGAUCUUGAAUAAUGAAGAAAUGAACCAAAAUGAUGCAGAAGUCAUCCACAACCUUCAGAAUAUCGUUCAGGAUAUCGAAGAGAAAGUUAAUAAUGAAAGCAUUACUAGCAGGACAAAUAAUGACAAAACAAACUCACUGCUAGAAAAUGGAGCAUUUUUAAAUUACCAGAAAAGUAACCAAAAGAAGUCUCAUCCUUCCUUGGCUUACCGGAUGGGAGAAAGGUUUUUGAGCUCCAAGAAGAGUGCAAAAAUAUUUAGAGAUCAGAAUCUAUUAGGCCAUUCAAGCUCGCGAUCUGGCAAUAAUCCAUUGUAUAACUAUCCUAAAAUUCCGCCUGCUCUGGUCUACGACCCGAAAUAUAGUAGGAACAGUAAGGAGAACUUCACAAAAUUCGCUACAACAGCAACUGUGAAUGGAAAGACAGUGAAUUUCAUGGAGACAAUAGACCGUCUUUAUGACUUGCAAAAACAACAUAAUGAGAAAAUCGAAGCCCAAAGAUUUCUUAAAUACCAAGAAGAAUCCCGUGAGAACAUGACUGUUUCAAACCAAAUCAAGGAAAAGAAGAGAAAUAGCAAGUCUGUUAGUGAAAUUCCUUUAUAUAAACGUUCUUACGGUCUUCAGCUCCAAAAAGAUCUCGAACUACAGAAGCUACAAAAUAGUCGUGUUCAACAGCUAGAGGAUGACUUCGAAAGUGAAAUGGAAUCCCAUAACAAACUUUCUGUGCACAACAAAAUAAAUAGGAAAAAAUUCACUCAAAAAGAAUGGCAAGAAUUUUACAAAGAAAGAUUCACAGAUCUUGAGACUAAAAGAAUAGAAGGCCUUGGCAACAAGAGAGAAAAGUUUAUCAAUGAAGUCAUGAAACAUCCCAGACAUAGAAACAGAGCUAGUAGAGGUGUCAAUAUUGAAGACAGGCUACUUGACCAAGGAGAAAAAUAUAAGGAAAAGAAGGCAGAUAGGCAGAAAGCAGAGAAAAAGAAAUAUAAAACUCGCAUUUUCAGUAGUAAUUCUAAGAAAAUAUUAGCAAAAAGAAACAGACCGUUGAGUUCUGUUGAUUAUGCUCGGGAUAAAAUAGACCAGGAAGGGUCUAAUUUUGCAGCAGCCAUAGAAGCUAUGAUGCAAGAUAGAAAGAACUUUAUUAAUAAGGGAAAUGUUGUAGGAGACUGCUUGAACGUUCCUCGCUCAACACCUGGCCAGAUAAUUCCAGAAACUACUGAGAGGGAGGAUGAUUUCCUUCACUCUUACGCAAAUGAGAUCAACCAAAUGUCUUUAGAGCCCCCUUCAAGCCUUAACUAUGACCUCAAUGAUCGGUAUGAUAUGGAUAGUAGGCAAAGAGAAAGAAUCGAUCAAUACAGAAAAAAAAGCCCUUACACAACUGAAGAGAAAUACCAAUUCACAAUGGGUAGCUCUGUCUCUAAUUUUGGGAGGUUCCCAAGUAAAUAUGCCAACCAAUUCAGCGAUGACUCUAGGAACAAAAUCAAUGAGACUAACACCAUUGAGAAAGUCAUCAAUGGUGAUUACGCAGAUGAUGAAAAUGUGAAUUAUUAUUCAAUUGGAAGUAAAUCAUUCGGAGUCAAGGAAGAACAACAGAAAGACAGUAUCACAACUCCAGAUGUAUCAGAUCCGAUAAUAGAUCCAUUUGGAGGCAAAUCAGACGAAGAUCUCUUACACAAUGAAGAGUAUGACCAUGCUAAAUUUCAUCGUGACAGGAAUCAACACCAUGACGAUAUUAUCAACGUUCAGGAUUUUGCUGAAAUCUACGAUCAUAGCCGAGAAAUCAAUGGAUCAAGUGAUAUUCUCAACGGAAGUUUUGAUAAUAGCAUGCAAAUGCAACUUUUCUUGAAAUCCCUGAAGAAUCAGGCUUCAGUGAAAAAUAACGUAGAGGACGACUUCGAUCAAGAUAAAGAUCAGGAACUGAACAAGCUAAUCCAGGAUGGGAUCGAUAUAGAAGAGAAUAUCCUAGAUCCAACAAGAAAGAAGAGACAGAAAUUGAGCAACUAUUCAGAUCAAUAUUCUCGACCAGAGAUCAAAGAGGAUGACCAAAAAUAUUCCCCACCUCGUGCUGGUAAGUACCGGGGCUCGAAACCUAGUGGCUCUAGAUCAUCAAGAGUUGGAAUCAGCCUGAGCGAUAAAGAUAUGUCUGAUCGAUCAGGAGAAGAGAAGAUUCAAAAUAUCUCGAUUUUGGAAGACAACGAAGAGAUCAAAAAUUCUUCCCAACGAGAAGAAAAUGAAAGGAUCCUAGAUGGCUCUUUACAAGACCACUCAGAUGGCCAGGAUAAUUCUGAAAAUAUGGGUGACUCUGAUGACCAGAGAGACCACGCUGAUAGAAGCGAUGAUAUGUCACCCACUUUAGAGAUGAUCCAAGAAGAGACGGAAAAUGCUGAGACAACCAAGAUCAAAGAAUCUGAUUUUGCCUCAGCAGAGAAGACCAAAUAUAUCUCAGAAAAUCUCCUCAGAGAAGCAAGCAAUGAAGGAACCAACCAGAAGAGUUUAGGGUUUAACAAAACUUCUUCUGGCGGAAGGAAGAGCGAUGAAUUCAGUAAGAAACGAGAAGAGAUCAUUCAAAAAGUGAUGGGGUCUUCCUACUCUUCAAUGAGUAGUAACCAAAGAAGGCUCUUUGAAAGCCUCGAUCUGAAUAAACAGGAAAUGCAGGAGUUAGAGAACCUUGGCCUUGAUGCAAUGAGCAUUAUCGCGAGCAUUGUAAAGCAAUUCGCACAUGUCUUUGAGUCAAAAAAGAAGAAGAGGAAGUGAAAGAAUGAAGAAAAUAAAAUUUCUGCAUAA